AUGUUUUCUUCAAUGCACAGUUCAAGUCAAAUGACAUGGCAUCAUACAAACAAAACAAGCCCAGGCAAUAUGCGACACCCAUCUGACGGCCAUGCAUGGAAGCACUUUGAUGAGGUACAUCCUGAUUUUGCCGCUGAACCUAGAAAUGUCAGGCUUGGAUUAUGCUCUGAUGGUUUUGCUCCAUAUGUCCAAGCGUUCGGAAGUGCGUAUUCUUGUUGGCCAGUUAUUCAUAUGGCAUGUUGUCUGGUUGGGGUACGCAUGGCAGAAUGGGUUGUCCGCAUUGCAUGGAAUGCACUAAGGCGUUUACAUUGGAAAAAGGGGGGGAAAGCUCGUGGUUUGACUGUCACCGCAGAUUCCUACCAUCAAAUCAUCCCUUUAGAAAAAACAAGACAAAUUUCAAAAAGGACGAACGGGUAA